AUGAUUGCAUGUCACGAAUAUUAUUGAAAUAGCGAGAAAACUAACAAACAGAGAGAACACACACCGUGGCCAUUUGAAAGGCCCGCUGCUGAAAGCGAUGAGCUGUCUCGCGUACUACUGCCUAGUGUGCCACGCUGCUGGUCUGGUUGCUAAUGCAGUCCCUAUGUCCUGUAACUCCCGUGGCUAGGUGUUGCAAACCGGCCCGAGGGUCGAGGGAAACGGGAGUAUUGUACUAGUAGCGAACGCAGAGAAAACGAUUGCUGACGGACAGAGCUAGGGGAAUAAGCAGAGGACGGAUGAUGGCAGCCUCACCCUCCACGCCUAGAGUGCCAUCACGCUCUGACUCUGGUCAACUGGUGCUGCCGCCCAUCCACGGAGGCACGCAGCGACAGCUUGCCAAGCCGGCCGGCGCCUCUCCGUUACGAAAUCAUGCAACAUCGGGCACAGCGAGCAAUGGGGGCAACCCGAUGGUAGCGCUAGACACGGUACCUCGUGAGCUGCUGGCUACCCUAGCUAGACAUCAGCGGCCAACAGCGAUGGCAACAUCGUCAGCAGCAGUAACAACAGCAGGAGGUACUGGAGCUGGGGACAGGAGUCGAUUGGGCAAGAAACAGCACACCAGUUUAGCAGCAACGAGAUCUAGGCCUGCUGCGGCGUGGAACUUCCCUGCUCAACGGGCACGCUUCAAGCAUCUCACCGAGCAGCCUGUCUGCUUCUGCGGCGCCGGAAAAGACGUAUCGUUUAUUUACGAUGCCAGCGUACCGAAAGCGGACGGAACGAAGCCUGCCAAGGCCACACUGGCGUUGCAGGAUUGCGGCAAGCAAGGGGCGGAGAGCAAGACUCUAAUACCGGAUGACUAUCAUCUCUGCAAGACGACCGGUGUACUUGGCAUUGACAUCAUGGACAGUGAUCAUACUACGAAACUGCAGGAACAUCCUCAUCACUCGCUGGCCUUUCCCAGUCUGCACCCAGCUGGAAGGCAACAGGUGCUGGCACUGAAGGAAACUAUGGCAACCAUGUUGAAACAGGCAGCAAUCGACGAUGAGAUUCAAAUGAAUGGACCGACACAGGUCCAUAAUCUGUUGGAGUUGACGCGAAAGGAACAGGACAUCUAUAACGUCUGCUUCCAUGAAGUUAUUCGACAGGUGAGCGUGGAGUGCGUGGAAAGAGGGCAGAUACUGGCGGAUAUCCGAGAUCGCUACACCAAGCUACUAGCCAGAAUACCCGGCCAAGUGCUGAGCUUGCACGAGGAACUGCUCGCUCAGCGCUCCCUGGACCGGCAGCUUGCGUGCGAGCUGCAGAAGUUCGAAUCCGAAGUGGCGUUUCUCUCCGAGAAGCUAAAGGAUGUCAACACCCAUGAUAAAUUUGUGCAGCAAGAAGCCGACAGCAUCAAGGCAGAGCUGGCGCAUGCUCUCGCGGAGUCCCAGAAGAAUGCACACUUGUUGACGGAGUAUCAUGAACUGUACGAGCUGCAAAGACGGCGCUUGGAGAAUGAACAGGCAAAGUUGCUAACUGAGAAAGACUUGUGGCAGAAAGCAGCAUACAGCCUUGCACUGAAAGUGACUGAUGAACAGUGCUUGCAGACGUGUAGACGACUGCAGCUGUGCGAGCGCUGCUGGUUCAAGCUGGCGAUGCGCUUUGCCAUCAUGCUCUCCGAUCACGAUAUGGGAGAGAUCCGUACUCUCCUGGAGCAUGUGCAUAUCUGGCAGGCGAAGAUCACAGCGAUUUGCCGACAGAUCGACCGGCAGGACGACUUAUACGAUAACAAAAUGCGAGAAGUGAUUUCUUCUAUGCAGCAUUGGGCAUUGCAACUCUCUGCCAAUGUCGUAAAAGGAGAUGGUUUGGUGGAACCUCCUGACCAAGAGUUCUGCAAACGUCUCCUUGUCGAUACCAGGAAGUGGGAGAUGGCAGUUGGGCAGCUGGCUGAGAGGUACAGUGGUGACAAUGUCGUGGAGGGAGAGGCUUCUUUGGACGAACUUCGGCAGUGUAUGUCGUCCUGGACCGAUAUCGCCAUGCGCCUCUACAACAGACAUAGCUCCGAAGAAGAAGAACACAAGGACAAAGCAACGCUGAAAGAGAUCAACGGGAUGGUUACUGAAUUCCACAGUCGUCUGUACGUACGGGUGUCGGGAGAGAACGGUGUUGCUGAGAAAGUGGUGAAGCUGACAAACCCUCUGGAGGCAUGGGCGACCAAGAUUGACAUGGUGGCUAACACGGACAAGAUGCUGCCGGAUUCAGACUGGUCAAAGCUCCGAUCGUUGCUGUCAGAAUGGCAGUUUUCGAUCCAGGAUAUCAUCACGCUUGUAGCCAACGCAAAGGAAAAGCGCGCCGCUGAGUUGGUGGCGGCACGGGAUGCAGAGGCGGCCAAGACGACGGCAUCGGAAUCAGACGGACAGCGCGACAACACCUCCGCUACGCCAACUGAGCUAGCAGAGUCGGUGGAAAGUGAUGGCUCGGCCGAUGCUGCGACAGAUGAUGGGGCUGGGCCGGAAGUGGCGGUGGUGGUGGAACCAUCUUCUGAUGAUGCUAUCGAAGGUGCAGCUACACCUGAACCGCCUACAGAGAAAGUGACUGAGAAACGUACAGCAGGAAAGGAACCAAUCAUUGAUGAAGGAAAAACUGACCCCAGUCAGCUCAUCCUAGAGGUCAAGACGUGGAUAUUGUCAUCGAUGAACAGAAUUGAAAUAGAAGAUCGGCGCAUCGUUGAAGAGGUCUCUGACCUUCACAGCCUUCACAUUGUGAAGUGGAUAGUGGACCUGCUGCUGGAACUCACGCGCACCAAGGAGGAGAAGGACGAGCGGCGGCGCGAGCGUCGCGAGAAGAAGAUCCUGGAAGGCGAGGUGCAUGCAGUGGAGCUGGGCAAGGAGAAUGUUCGCGAUGACGAUGAGAAAGAAGAGAAUGAGAAGAUGCUGUCGUCGCUGCGUAUACGGUGUCAGCUGCUGACCAGCCAAGUGCAAGAAUUCACCUCGCUCUUGUUCAGGUGUUGUUCGGAUGUGAUCCAAGCCAGGUUUGCAGUCACCAAAGAGUUCAAGGACAUUGAUGAGGAUGAGGACUACAAAGAUUUAAAGCUACUGCAGGGUGAGAACGAGGAAUGGAAGAGUUCGUCGGCAAUGCUGCUGAGCGAAGUGGACGCUGUCCUGAAGGGCUUGCCACCUGCCUCGGCAGUGAGCAGUGCCACCGAUAUAGCCGCCGGCAAACAAUCUACGCAGCCGCCCGCGCCUGAUCAGAGUGGUGCAGCAGCCACGGCACCGCCAACCUCACAGGAUACCGCGGACACGUCGCGCUUGACUGUGCCGGGUGGAGUUCAACCUCCUCCACGCACGGCCCUCGGUGUGAGCGAUGCGGCCAGUGCGGCAGUAGGUGGAACAGAGCCCUCUGUUACCACUGCAGCUUCUGAUGAUGUUGAUCAAGAGCCUGCUGGCGUAGAUGUGCCGGUGACUGGUGAAACCGUGAUCAAUGUUCUUGGUGCCGACGACAACGUACACCAACGCACCCUCUCCAGCCUGGCACCUGCUUCGAUGCAUGUCCGCAGCAAGCCAAUGACAGCCCUAGAAGCCGAUGCAACCUUGCCGAGGAGUGCGUUUGGCGUGGAGAGUGAUACGUACACCGGUGCUGUCAAAGACUUGGCAGAGAGAGUGAAUGAGCUUGAAGUCCAAUACCAGACUGCUGAGCAGCGUGCGCAAGCAGCGGAGAGUGAAGUCGAACAGCUACGCCAGCAGGUGGAGGCGUUGCAGAGGCAGCAGGAGGCGUCCUUGCAGUCGCAGCGACGAACACCGGGAUCACGACGUCGAUAGAUCGAACAUGACAACUAUUGCCAUGCUGGCCGAAUGUGUCAGUGAGCUGAGAGUUGGAAUCCUGGUGCUCCGGUUGAGCACAGCUUGACUUUGAGCCGCUCUGCCUUGCAAUAUGAUGCAAUAGCGAAGGUCACUGGCCACACUGACAGGCAGUCUGCAGCCAACUUGGUGAGGAUGCGCGUUGACACUGUACUCCUACGUCCUAUGUCACGCUGAUCCUCUUUGUACUCUUGUGAUCCUCUUCAAGCAGUCAAACACACACACACACACACACACACACACACACACACACACACACACACUGCUCAUGGUUCUACAUGUAUCUACUGUAUACCGAGAAUUAUACCUAUUGAUGAAUGGCACAGAAAUUCUAAGGCAAGCCACGACGAAAUUGUUGACUGACCUGAGGCCGCUGACCAUUUUACUUGAGCAACUAAGAGAAUAGAAAGGCUUGUCAUCUACUACUAGCUAAUGCAUUCUCACAUUCUCAGAAAUAUACAAUUCUGAUUCAUGCCGCCGCAGUACAAAAUUUCUAUGUGGCAGUGGUUGCAAAUUGUAAUGACCUCAUGGACAAAACACAAGCCUCUAGCAUGAACCACCGGUUCUCCAACCGCGACCCGGCUUUCACGUCAGUUCUCUGAUUUCUCUCAUGUCUUUGAAAUCAUUUGUUUGAAUUGUAUACAAUUCUGAGUCGGUUGGAAUGUUGGAGUCAUGCGAGCUGAGUCCGACAAUCACGA